AAAAAUGAAAAAUUAAGCAGCUUGCGUGAAAAUUUAGGAUUUUCCACGUAAAUUUCAACGAUUUAUUCCUAAAAAUGUGUUAAAACUGUAAAAGAAGCAGGCAAGAACGAAAUUAAACACGCAAUUUCUCGAGUAAUGUGUUAGUUUUGGCAAUUUUUGCAUUCAAAAAUACGAUCCGCCCAUCAGACGACGAAAUCAACAGAGAAAAUUUUUGUUUUCUCUUCAAAAAUCACGAAAUGUUUCAUCCGAGAUGUGGAAAACGCGUUACUUUGUCCAAUAAUAACAGGACAGCGAAGCGAAAUAUCACGGAAUUCAAUCAUGGGCUGGUUCUGAGUGCGGAACCCUUGAAGGAUGAUGUCUUGUUUGAAGUGCGAAUUGAUGAAAAAGUUGCUAGUUGGUCGGGAUCCAUUGAGAUUGGAGUCACAACAAAUCAACCGGAUAAAAUUGAAUUGCCAGCGUGUGCGACAAAAUUACCUGCUCAAUCGUGGAUUAUGUCGGGAAUUUCCAUUUUGAAAGACGGUUGCUCAUUAAUCGAGUACUAUGGCACAGAUUUAGACAAACUCGAGGAAACCGACAAGAUUGGCGUGGUCCGUACAGCAAAUGGCGAGCUCGUUUUCUACGUGAAUGGAGAGUCUCAAGGCGUUGCAGCAAUCGACAUCCCCGAAACAGUUUACGCUGUCGUCAAUUUGUACGGAAAAUGUGUUCAAAUAUCCGCGUUGCCAACUGACAGUUUGGAAUAUAGCAACGAAAGUACCCAAAUAACGCAGAAUUUGGACAUUCCGAUGUCCGUUGAUGUGCAUAUCAAUGGAAGCACAUCGACUGCAGGCUCAAUUGUGCAAAUGGAAGACAUAGAUUUGGCAGAUAAAUUACGUUUUCAUACGAGAUGCGGAUCUUUGGUGAAAUUAAGUGCGAAUUUUCGAACUGCUGAACGUCGAAGACCUCUGGAUGAGUUCAAUAACGGCGUCGUGAUGACCCAUCGAGCAUUGCGAGAUAAUGAAAUCUUUGAAAUUCGCAUCGAUCGUCUCGUGGAUAAAUGGAGCGGAUCCAUAGAAGUCGGCGUAACAUCUCACAAUCCGGCAAAUUUGGCGUUUCCAGCGACAAUGACGAAUCUCCGAUCGGGCACAAUAAUGAUGUCGGGAUGUGGCAUUCUCACAAAUGGCAAAGGGACAAAACGAGAAUACGGGGAAUUUAAUUUGGAUGAGUUGCGGGAAGGAGAUCGCAUUGGAAUGGUUCGAAAAUCCAACGGGAAUUUGCAUUAUUAUAUAAAUGGCAGAGAUCAGGGAAUUGCAGCGACACGCGUGGCUCAAACGUUAUGGGGUGUCAUUGAUUUGUACGGGAUGACGAUAAAAGUGACGAUUGUCGAUCGUGACGAACGAGAACAGAAAAAUUUGGUUACCCGAAGGAAUAAUAUUUUGGCACUUCCGGUUGCGGAACAAGAAGCGCAGAUUUUGAGUCCUGAUACGGAUUUUAUUCAAUCCGAUCGAUUGUUGUUUCAUUCAGUUUGUGGAUCGCAUGCUACAGUAACGCAAUCUGGAAGAACAGCGUUGAGACCAAGUGCAUGUGAGGAUUUCAACAACGGAGUCGUUUUAACUCGUCGCCCUCUUCGACCCAAUGAAUUAUUCCAAGUUCGCUUGGAGCGUGUCGUCAGCAAAUGGGCUGGAAGCAUCGAAAUUGGAGUAACAACGCAUUCGCCAACCGAAUUAGAAUUUCCCUUUACAAUGACCUCCGUACGAAACGGACAUACAAUUAUGAUGACGGGAAAUGGCAUAAUGCAAAAUGGCGUCACAAUUAUCGAGCAAUAUGGACAAAAUUUAGACAAACUUCAAGUAGGCGAUCGUGUCGGAGUUCAAAGAAAAGACGACGGCACCUUACAUUUUUGGGUAAAUGGCGUCGAUCAAGGACAAGCAGCAACAAAUGUGCCCGAAAGAGUGUAUGGCGUCAUUGAUUUGUACGGACAAGCAGCUCAAGCAAGCAUUGUAGAUCCCCAAUUGUCAGAAUGUGGCAGUCCUGAUACCGGAAAUUCAACCAUAUCAAACACAACUCUUUUUAGUACGGAGCCAAAAUUAAGAUUUCACACGGUUCAUGGCAGAAACGCUCGUUUAUCGAAUGGCUUCUUGACAGCAUGUCGCCCCAAAGCGCUGGCAGAGUUCAAUAACUCCAUUCUCUUCAGUAAUCGUCCGUUAAAGCAAAAGGAGCUGUUUGAAGUGCAACUCGACAGUAUGGUAGAACAUUGGAAUGGCAGUAUUGAAAUUGGGGUAUCAGGAAUUCGCCCGGAUGAAUUAAUUCUCCCAAAUACCGCGACAGAUCUCAAACAUCAAACCAUCAUGUGCAGCGGAAAUGUCCUUUCCUUCAACGGAAUCACCGUAAAAGACGAUCUCCCCUUCAAUUUGGACACUCUCGUGACGGGAUCUCGUGUCGGCGUUAUGCGAAACAACGAUUUUCUGCACUUUUUCAUCAACGGCAUCGACUUGGGACCCAUUUACGAGUGCAAAAUCCCGAAUAUUUACGCCGUUGUUGAUUUGUACGGGCAAUGUGCGCAAGUAUCUAUCGUCGGACAACAAACGGAAAUUCGUGCGCCAUAUGCAACAAGUGAAAAUUCCGUAAGUCUUCAAGCGACGUCAGUGAUUCAACCGGCCCUCGAGUCAAAACAUCGUUGGUCCUGCAUUUCUGGCAACGUUUCGUUGAUGCAAAAUUGGACAAUGGCAUCGAGAGUUAACACGCCGUCGCCAGCAUUGUCCCGAUGUCUCGUUUUUUCCGAACGACAACUGAUUGUCGGUGAACCGUUUGAAAUUAAAAUUGCCGAAGUGAAUUUAUUGUAUGCGGGAUGCUUGAAAAUUGGAGCGACAGAUUUGAAUUUGGCAGACGAACAUGUGCGAAAAAACAUUCCAUCGACAAUGAAACGAAUUCCAGCGAAUGUUUGGUAUGUGACGGGAAAUGAGGUCCGUUUCAAUAAUAAUUUGGUCGGGAGAUCACUUGCAUCACUGGAAUGGUUACGCGUUGGCGAUAGAAUUUCUGUGGAAUUGUUGCCAUCACGGAAUUUACGGAUUUUAUUGAAUUCUGAAGACAUGAAUAUUCAAUUUAAUAACGUUUCAGAGGAAUUGUAUGUGGUAGUUGAACUACAAGGAUGUACAUUGAGCGUUCAAACGAUAUCCAGUCAAGGUCCUCUUUCACCAUUGAGACCUUGUUCACUCCGUUUGCAAGAUUCCUUGGAUUUAGGACUCGAUCCGCUCAAUAAACAUGACUCAAUGUUAGAGUCAAUCGAUUCUGAUGGCAUGUUUUUCGAAUUUUCUGACGUUUGUGGUAAAAAUAUUCAAUUGUCUGAGGAUAAAAAGACAGCUUUUCGUACAAAAUCCUAUAAUCAUGGAAUUGUUUGUGUUAGUAAGCCAUUGUGUAAAGGUCACAGUAUUUCCUUUAAAAUUGCACAAAUCAACAACAAAUGGAAAGGUACCUUCAUGAUCGGCGGAAUUGGUGAAAAUCCGAACACCCAUUCAACAGUCUUGCCAUCAUCCGCAAUUUUACUCAAGAAACCUUGUUGGAUAAUAACAAACGACUACUUAAACUUGAAUGAAAUCAAGACACCAUCGAAUUACGGAGCAGCAAUGGAGAAAAUUCAGUCAGGUCAAACAGUGACAAUGAGUUUAUCGCAUGCCGGAUGUCUCAGUGUCACAAUUGGAACUGUUGUACUCGAAGAUAUUAUCAGUGGAUGUCCUCAUCACAUCUACCCAGUCUUUGAUUUGUAUGGAAUUUGUGAAAAAAUCACAAUUCUCAAUGGAGAUUUGCGAAACGGGACACCAAUUAUCGAAGAUAUGCCUCUGUCAACACUCAAUGCUGGUCAUGAAGGCGGCGAAUCUUUGCCACAUUGCGAAAAAGCUGAUUUGGAAGUGCACGAAAAGGAAACUGAACCACCUGUGCCGCCUCAGGCAAGCAGCUCGAUGAGUCGAUCCGUCAUGGAAAGUGUCUCAGAAAAUUUACUUAUGAACAUUUCCAUUAAAAAUCGCACCGCAGCUGAAAAUCGCACGCAUGAAAUGUCAAAUUCAUGUUGUUUGCGCGACACACUGCAAUUGCAACAUUCCACAAAUUUGAAUAUUCAACGGAGUCAAAGCACGCACAGAUUUGUAUCGUCUUCAGCUACUACAACAAAUCAACCGCAAGAUAAUCGAGCAGAUGUUUUUCCAUCGUCAAGUAAUGAAAACGGAUACGAUGAGGGUUUUGAAGAUUAUGAGCUUCUUCGACCGAUAACUCUUGCCACAACUGCUGGAACGAGCAACAAUAAUCAACAAUCAACUGCCGAAACGACAAACAACGACUCAAAUUAUCUCAAUGAAGGCGAGAAUAAAGUCGAAAAUGACGAUGAGUCCAAUGACGAAGAUGAAAUUAGCGAAACCGAAGCAGAAAUCGAUACAACGAAAGAACAAAAUAAUCGAGCGAAUCUCGCGUUGCCCGUGCAAUCAAGAACGGAUUACACAAACUCGAUUAGCGAUCAAUCCUCGGCGAAUGUUAGUUUAAUAGAUACCGUUUUGGAUCUCUCGUUGGCUAGUAAUGUCUCUGCGAUGGCAACUGCUAUUCCGUCAAUUGCUCCGUGUGAUUAUUUAAAGCUUGUGAUGAGUUUUAAGAGGACUCUGAUGUUGCCAGAGGUGUUUUUUACGACAGAUGCUCCUCAGUGCUAUUGUGAGACGUGUAUUGGAGGCACAACAGUCACAAAUCCGUUGAAAAAUUGGACUCGUUUUGUAAUUAAUCAGCAAGCGGUGCACGGAAGUAACUUGCAAAAUACAACAGAUCCCAAUGUUUGGACGACAGUUUAUUAUAAUGCGCGAGUUGAUAAGAUUCGGACAGUUUUGGAUCAGGGACAACCGUUGCCAAUGGAAUUAGGCCAAAUCCUCCCUGAAAACUGCAACCAAACAGAUGAUCUCAUGCCAGGCACCCACAUCCUGCUGCGUGCCAUUCCCGAAACCAGUGAACGUUCGCAGAAACCGUUUAUCCAUCGAUACAUGUCCGAUUCCGUGUAUUAUCGCAUCUGCACAGCCUUCGAGGUGCGUGUUCGUUCGCAAUCAAUGUGUGCCAUUGACCUGUCUGAAGCCUCGGAAGAGUCUCAAACUGCAGGCGCCGCGUGUUCGAGUCAAGUUUCCGGCACAAAAUUGUGGACAACCAAAGAAGCGAACGCUUGUAUCAUAACUGCACUGUUGCUUUGCCUAGUUCCUGCUUAAAAAUAGCAAAAUUUUUGACACAAAGCAUCUUUUUUAGCCUUUGAAAUGAUAUUCUUGAAUAGAAAAAUUGAAUCUCUAGUCUUUUGUGGUAGCUGUACUUCACACAUCUGGCACCUAGAAUUAUAUUAAGUCGAAUAUAGAGUGAUAAGUUGAUAUGUUACAUUCAUAGAGAGAGAAAAAA